CGCCUUUGAAGAAAUUAAAAUUUUCUCCGCUUUCCGCGAUCUUCCUUUCGCUAUCAUCAGCUUAUCGAUUAGACUUAUCAAAAAAGAUGGAACAACGAAAGAUCGGCGUCUUGGGCGCAGGUCAACUUGGACGUAUGUUCGUCGAAGCAGCAUCUAGAUUGAAUGUGGAAGUACAUUUGUUGGAUGUGGGUACCACUGCUCCUGCUAAACAAAUUUGUUCUUCAGAUCAUCAUAUCGAUGGAAAAUUCAGUGAUGCUUCAAAGAUAGAAGAAUUGGCAAAAGGCGUUGAUAUUCUGACUGUGGAGAUCGAACAUGUUGAUGCGAAAGCAUUACAGACUGUUCAAGAUAAAGGUAUCGUCAAACACAUUCAUCCAACACCUAAAACCAUUGCUCUCAUUCAAGACAAAUAUUUGCAAAAGCGAUUCUUGUCUGGAAAGGGAAUUCCGGUAGCAGACUUUGCAUCCGUUGGACCUGAAGACGCAGAGUCCUCUCAAGCAGGAGCAGCAAAGAUUGCACCACUACAAGUACAAGCUAUCGAUGAAGCUGUCAAGCAAUUCGGACUACCACUCAUGCUCAAAAGCCGAACGCAGGCAUACGAUGGAAAGGGAAAUUACGUUUUGAAAAAUGUUGAAGAUGCAUCAAAAGCUGUUGAAUCACUUGGUGCUGGAUCAAGAGGCUUGUAUGCUGAGAAAUGGGCACCUUUCGUAAAGGAGGUAGCAGUCAUGGUCGUGCGUAGCGUUUCGGGAGAAGUACGUGCUUAUCCAGCGGUAGAAACAUAUCACGAAAACAGCAUUUGUCAUAGUGUCUUUGCACCAUUGCGUCAUAAUGAUCCCGCUGUUGCACAAAGGGCACAAGACGUCGCUAAGAAAGCUGUAGCAGAAUUGGAAGGAGCGGGUGUAUUCGGAGUCGAGUUGUUCCUGAUGUCAAACGGUGAAUUGCUCUUGAACGAAAUCGCUCCUAGACCUCACAACAGUGGACAUUACACCAUCGAAGCAUGCGAAACAAGUCAGUAUGAGAAUCACGUUCGUGCUAUUCUUGAUCUGCCUCUUGGCAGCACAGCACUCAAGGUGGGCUCAUCAGCCAUGCUUAACAUCUUGGGUGUAGCUGAUUUGGAUGCAGACAAGGCUGCUAUUGAAAAGACGUUUGCACCAGUGGUAGCAAGCCUGGGCGUUCCAGGCACAACAGCUCAUCUGUAUGGGAAAAGCGGAUGUAGAAGAGGUAGAAAGAUGGGACACAUUACCAUCGUGGGCAAUAAUGAUGCACAAGUACGCGAGCGUUAUCAAAUCUUGGUAGAUGCUUUAGACAUUGCGAAAAAGGCUGCCGACGAAGGGUCUUCUUUACCAAAAGAGCUUACAAUUCAAGGCGCAACAAAUGUGUCUCCAGACAAGUUAUUCAAGGGCAGAUAUGCAUCCUUACAGGAAACGGUCGAUAAGCCCGUCUCGAGUGAUUUCUCACAUCCUCAUCCUCUAAUAGGAAUUAUUAUGGGAUCCGAUUCUGAUCUACCGGUCAUGUUGCCUGCCGCUCAGAUUCUGAAACGAUUUGCAAUCCCAUUCGAGCUCACCAUCGUUUCCGCACAUAGAACGCCGGAUCGUAUGCAAGUAUACGCCCGUCAAACCGCCGCUCGUGGAUUAAGAGCGAUCAUCGCAGGUGCUGGUGGAGCUGCUCAUUUGCCAGGAAUGGUAGCAGCUCAAACUGCUUUGCCCGUUAUUGGAGUCCCGGUAAAAGGAAGUACGUUGGAUGGUGUGGAUUCGCUGCACAGUAUCGUUCAAAUGCCAAGGGGAAUUCCGGUAGCCACUGUUGCUAUCAACAAUAGCACAAAUGCUGCUCUUUUGGCUGUGAGAAUUGUUGGUAGUGCCGAUGUUGAAGUUUUACAACGGAUGCAAGAGUACAUGGAUAGUAUGGAAAAGGAAGUAUUGGGCAAAGUUGAGAAACUUCGUGAACAAGGAUGGGAUUAUGUAGUGAAGAAAUAGAUUAGAAUGUUGUCAUACGUGCUAGAUAUGUGCAUAACUGAUUUUAUUGAUAUACAAUGAUGCUGCCUUUGCUGCAACUUUUGAAGGUCCGAGUAAUGCUAAAA